AUGUAUAAGAGACAUUUCGAAAGAAUAAUCUACGCCCAAUUUCCAAAAACCUUUCACGAGCGUCACUUUUACUUCCUCAUUUUCUUAACAAAAUACAUCUUUAACUUUGACGAAAGCAUCAAACAAAUAUUUACACUCUGCUAUCAAUUCCACGUUAUCGAUGUUGUUAUCAUCGUUAAACACCCAACAGAUGGCGUUUGUUUAUACACUUACAUUCUAUACUCGAAGCAUGCUUGUCGCACAGUACAACCUAUUCUCUAUCUUAAACUCAACAAAAAAUUGGAAAAUCUGAAAACAAUAUUUCCGGAAAAACUAAAUAAUUUCUUCGGAUGUCCACUUAUUGUUUCGGGUAGAAAAUUAGGACCAUUUUUAGAUCUUGUCGGAGAUAAAACUAAUCCCCAGCCUGUUGGAUCAUGGGAAAAUCUUUCCGGAGUUGAAGGAUUGUUAAUAAGAGAGCUUUCGUCAACCUUGAAUUUUAAAUUGGAGUUACUGCCAUUUCCAGAAAGCAGAAGUUAUAUUGAGAAUACAACUUGUUACGGAUCAUUUUUAGAGAUAAAAAAUGGAAAAGCAGAUAUUGCAAUUGGAGGAUUUAGUGGUUCUGAUCCUGGUCGAUGGCUUUUUUCUCAAUCGCAUGUUUAUCAUUCUUCUCCAUUUGUCUAUGUGGUUCGUACCCGCGAACUAAGCCCUUUGGAUCGUUUAGCCAAGCCUUUUAGCCAUCAACUUUGGAUGUUGCUUGCAGGAUUUCUUAUCAUCGGACUUGUAUUCCUUCUAAUCCUUCGAUUAUUGAAGAUUGAAAUUCGUCAAUAUAUUUUGGGAGAUGAUAACAAUCCAACACUAAAUUUUUUUGCAAUACUUCUUGGCUAUUCCAUGAAUCAAACACCAUCACCAAGUCGAAACUUUGCUCGAUACACUCUAUUACUUUUGCUUCUUCUAACCUUAGUUAUCCGCAGUGCGUAUCAAGGAUCUUUAUACGAUGCAAUUAGGAGAGAUGGAUUUGUCAGAAUUCCAUCGGGAUAUAAAGAAAUUGUUGAAUGGAAUUAUAAGAUCCUUAUUUCUCCAGAAAUAAGUGAUCUCAAUGCCUACCCAAAAAAUCUAACAAUAACCGUUCCAGUGGGUGGAUAUUUGGAGAGAAUCAAAAUAUUAGAAACUAUCGAAGGAAGAUAUGCCUCUGCAAUUCUACGAGAAAGCUUCAUUGAUUACAUGGAAAAAAGUAAUUGGAAACCUAAUGGAUUGUUAAUUAACAAUGAAGUAAUAAUAAUGUAUCAUUUUGUAAUGUUCUUUCCAAAGAAUUCAAUUUAUUUGGCAACAUUUAAUAAGAAAUUGCGAGCAUUUGCAUUUGCAGGAAUAACAAAUAAGCUGAAAUAUAAUUUAACAUCAGAAGCUGCUUUGAGACAAAUAGCUAAGAGAGAACCAUCAAAACAAGCAUUAGGCAUAAAACGUUUGAGAGCGAUGUAUGAUAUUUAUUUAUGCAUGAAAAUUUUAGCAAUUACUGUUUUUUGUUUGGAAAAGAUUUCGAUGCGUUAUAAAAGGUUGCAAAGUAUUUUUGAAUGGAUUGGGUAGAA